AUUAAUUUUAAAUUUUUAUAAGAAUUGUGUAUGCUUACGCGAAAAAAAAAAUAACAAUUUACGAUAUGGUUUUAAGGAUAGGAACGCCCAUUAUUGCAGAUUUUUUUUAUUAUUUAUUGGAUAUAAGAGAACCACUUAUGGCCGGUGUAUGGGCAUCAAUGGGAAGCACUUUAGGGAAACUUUCUGGAUCACAGGUUGUGGUGGGUGACGGUUACCUUUUAUGGGCUCUUCUAUUAAUUAUGAUGAUAACUGUCAACACAUGGGGAUGUAGAUGUUACCUGAGGGCGCUAGACAAAUCCACCGAAGCAGUCACACCAACUGUUAUAUCUUCUGCAACUAGUUUUUUGUUUUCAGCAGUAAUUGAAGUUGUUGUCUUCAAUGGAAAAACGUCAUUGAAGUGGUGGCUUGGCACUAUAUUUAUCUUACAAGGUAUUGCAUUGGUUGCACGAAAUCCUAAACUUCCAGUUGAUGAUAAAAAUUAAGAAACAUUUUUUGAUAGUUACUUUUUAGAUAAUAAUGAUAAAUACUUUUUUGAUACAAAUUAAUUAUACGAUUACGAUAUGAUACGAGGCAGCCUUGCAUCAUCCCACUGAUCGGCAUGGGCCUUUUUCUCCAUGUAGGAGAAGGGUUUAAUUAAUUAUACGUACUAAAAAUGUGUUCCGUAAACAUUUUUAAGACUUGCAAGUUGUAACUUUGUAAAAAAAAAAGAAAAUGUGUUUACUCCGUUUUGCAUGCUGUUCGUUCAACGCAUGGACGUAAUAUUAAGUAUAUUACGUCCAUGGUUCAACGCAAAUGUGAACAAAGUUGUCUAAGGUAUGUCACAUUGUCAAGAUAAGUCACAAUGUUCCAUGUUCAUGUUUG